AUGGCCCGUGGAGACGACUUUUUCGCAAAGGCCGAGAAGAAGGCUUCGUCCUCGACAGGCUGGUUCUCUUCCUCCUCCACGAAGUGGGAGGAGGCAGCCGACCUCUUCCAGCAGGCAGGCAAUGCGUACAAAGUCGACGGGGCGUGGGCGCAAAGUGGCAAGGCAUUUGAGAAGGAGGCUGGGUGCCGACUCAAGGCGGACGAGAAGAAUGACGCGAUGAACGCCUUCCACAACGCCGCAAAGAGCUUGAAGAAGGUGGACCCUGCGGCCGCGGUCAACGCGCUCCACCAGACUAUCAAGCUCGUGCUCGACGCCGGUAAUUUCCGACAGGCAGCGGACCGCGAGAAGGAGAUUGCACAGAUCUACGCACAGGACGGGCUCGAUAUCGCAAAGGCGCGCGAUAGCUACCAGCGCGCUGGAGACUGGUACAAGCAGGAAGAUGCGAAUGCAACGGCAAACCAGUGCUACCAGAGCGCGGCUGAGCUGAGCGCUGACCUAGGCGAUUACCAGCGCGCCGUGCAGCUGUACACGACUGUGGCGGACUGGUCGCUCACCUCGCCAUUGACCAAGUACAGCGUCAAGGAGUACUGGCUGCGCGCAAUCAUGUGCAGCAUUGCAAUGGGCGAUCUCGUGCUCGCGCAACGCAACCUCAACGAGUUUGCGCACAAGGACCUCACGUUCCCCAGUACCCGCGAGGCCAAGUUUGCAAAGGAGCUUGUUGACGCGUGCGAGGAGGCCGACGUCGACCGCUUCACCGCCGCAGUGUUCCAGUACGACCAGGUUACCAAGCUCGACAACUGGAAGACUAAGAUUCUGCUGCACGUCAAGAAGGCGCUCGAGGAAGACGAGGGAGGCCUGACUUAG